UAGCUUGGGAUACCCUACCCGGAAGUGGGUGGUGGAGUCACCGUCACCCAACUGGUCACACCACCGUCGACAUACUGCCUGCUGGGAUGAGGCUCGCCACCGGAGAACCACGGAGAUUGUUACGAGUCUGAGAUCACACACACACAAUCUCGGCGGUAAAUCGUCGGAACGAGCGUCUGGCAGCAGUUUGUUUCCGGGAGCAGGGAGGAACGAGGCGCGUCGCCAAAAUGAUGGAAGAAAUAGACAGAUUUCAAGUGCCGAGCGCCGUGCAGGAGGCGGAGAUGCAGGCUGAGAUGCAGCCGCUGGAUCCGGCCUCGUCCACAGCCUCAGAGGCGGACUCAGACCCCAGAGAGGGGGAGCCGGUCACUAUCAACUACAAGCCCUCACCCCUGCAGAUGAAAAUAGAGAAACAGAGAGAGCUGGCCAGGAAGGGCUCACUGAAGAACAGCAACACUGUAGGAAGUCCCGUCAACCAGCAGCCUAAGAAGAACAACGUCAUGGCCAGAACACGGUUGGUAGUGCCCAAUAAAGGCUAUUCCUCUUUAGACCAGAGCCCGGACGAGAAGCCCUUGGUGGCCCUAGACACAGACAGUGAUGAUGAUUUUGACAUGUCUAGAUACUCGUCGUCGGGAUACUCCUCUGCUGAGCAAAUCAAUCAGGAUCUGAACAUCCAGCUACUGAAAGAUGGAUACCGCCUAGAUGAAAUCCCCGACGACGAGGACCUGGAUCUGAUCCCGCCCAAAUCCGUCAACCCUACCUGCAUGUGCUGCCAGGCAACCUCCUCCACCACCUGUCAAAUACAGUAACCCCACCCCCCUGACCUCCUCCCCCCUUCCCCCUUUUCCACACACUAUAACCCCCGAUCUCCAUCUGCUGUGAGUUCACUUCGCUGUCAUAGCGGCGAGAGUGAAAGCAUUGGUAGAGUAUUGUAAUGACAGUUAAGUGCUACGAUGAUGAUGACAAUGAGGAAUAAUCCAAUUAACAUGUAAAACGUUUGGGUUUCUAAUCGAGGGGGAAGGAAGACACGUGAAAAUAUCAAAUAUGUAUUUAAUAUGAGAGUUAAAGUGGUGGUUUCCUCCUAUGGUAGGACGUGCGCUUGUGUCAGAGAGCCUUUCUCCUGGUGAUGUAACAUAACACUGAUACUAGUUGACAGAAAACAAAAGGCUAACUGAUGCUGUAAAGUCAUUUCCAUCUCCCCCCCAGAGAAUAAGAAACAUCAUCAUAACUGCUGACUCAACUGUUCUGCUUACCUGAAUUCUGGGUUGCAUUUUUCUAGUUUUUUUUUUUUUUAAACAUUUUUUAUUUAAAUGCUUGCUACCCAAGGGAUAUGUAUGAUUGUACGCGUCAACGGGAGAUAUUUUAAAAGCAUGGACUGCAGUCUCGGAACCCCAAAUAGAGGAUAUUUGGUACUGUAUUCAUCACACUGUACAGGUUUGUUAUGUAGCACAGGCCAGGUAUUGCACUCAUCCACGCCCCCCUUCAACACUUAGUGGAGGAAUGUAUGAACAUGUAUGGCUGACGAACAAACUGCAUGAAGAAAGAACACUGGACUGAAACUGGAAAAUUAAGAAGUAAGCAGCUCGUUGCACAUUCGACUUUGCCCCAUCUCUGCUGUGCAACCACACGCUGCUGCCGUGGCACGAGCUUGACUCGUGUUGUUUUUUUGAAUUUGCACAUUUUUUUUGGGCCCGUGUCUUUGUGCUCUUUCCUGCAUAGCGGUGACAGUGUCUUAUCUGAAACGAACUGUGUCAAAAAAAGGGAAGACUAUAUGGCACAUGAUGCUCACGUGAUUCACAUAUUAACAAGGCCAAAGGGAAGGUGGGGGGCCUGGAGAUCCAUUGCUCAGCACACACUGUUGCGUUACCCCCCCCACUACAUCUUUUCUCAGUGUCACCCCUUCAUUCCCAUUUCCACUGAUCAUGCACACACACACGCAUGCAUGCAUACUGUGCCAACAUAAAGAGAUGAGAUGUAUUUGUCUCUUUUGACUAAUAGUUGGAAAUUGGUUUGUAAUUGCGACAUCAAGGAUCAUCGACUUCAUUUACGACUCUCUGUCCCCCUUAAAUCAGUUGAUUAUUUGCAAUGAGAGUAUGCCUUAAGUACAGAGAAGUGUAUUUAUCGCCAUCUUGAUCAUUUACUUUAUUUUAGCAUUUGCUGUUUAUGAAGUUAUGCUUUUUCUUUUCUACAUUUAGACACGGGUGAUGAUUGUUUUUUUUUUUUUUAAAUGACUUUCUUGUAAGGUAAACACUUCCAUUACAGUAUUUAACAAUGUUAUUGUUAUGUGCAGUGUAUGAAAAACAAUGAAUAAACACAAAUCUAAUAGAG